AUGACUGGAAAACCCCCUGAAGGAAGCAGUGCUGGUAUCACGAACAUAUGCAAGACCGAAGGGAUUCCACCAAACAUAAACGCACCUUUCGUUGACUUCUAUGGGAAAUUGAUUCCUCUUGUCGAUGAUUCUGGCAUCUACUGUCGUGUUUGCCACUUUCUCCCUGUGUUGAAUCCGGAGGAAGACACCCUGAAUAUCGAGCAUCGAACGCAAAGCAUUGAUUUCGGUGUGGUUCUCGAGGGCGAAAUCCAACUGGCACUCGAUGAUGGCGAGAAGAAAAUUCUCCGCAAAGGAGACGUUGUAGUUCAGCGAGGAACGAUGCACGACUGGAGCAAUAUCUCUAGUGAGGUUUGCAGCGUAUUUUUCGUUCUCAUACCUUCAGACAGAGUCAGGAUCGAAAAGUCAGGGGACUAUCUUGAGGCGACCGAAUGGCCUGGCACAGACUAG